CUUUUUUGCACUUAGAAUUUUUGUUGUUGGUCGAUUACUUUUUUCUUUUUAGUUAAUAGUUACAUACAACAUACAUAUUCCCGCGAAAUUAGGUUAAACACGUAAGACAACUGUUAACUGUUGCUUAGGCUAGUGGAGUGGAAUUUGUGUAAGACCUAUUUAUAACAAAUCGAAGAGCCAUGUUAGUGGGUGGCCACGGGGAACCUAACCCCAACACAACCUGGUUACAAAGUCGUGGCUUCUGGAUUGCAUACACACUCGGUCUGCUCACUCUUCACCUUGUCCUCCUGUCCGUUCCUAUCUUCAGCAUUCCGAUCGCCUGGACACUCACACAUCAGAUACAUACAGUUCUACAGCUGAUCUUCUUACAUACACUAAAGGGAGCUCCGUGGAUACCUCAAGACCAAGGCGAUUGCAGGGUGUUGACUCAUUGGGAGCAGAUUGACUACGGAGAACAGUUCACCACCACAAGGAAGUUCCUGACUGUCGCCCCCAUAGCUGUAUUUUUGCUGACAUGUUUCUACACUAGGAAUGCGUCUCACUACUUUGUCAUCAACUUUGUCUCCCUCGUGGCCGUAGUUCUGCCCAAACUACCUCAGUUCCACAAAGUUCGGCUGUUUGGUAUCAACAAGUACUAAAAAGUAUGUGGACCUUCCCAAUUAUACAUCGAGGACUGAAGAUUAAGACUUGAGUGAUUUCUUGUGAUUUGUGUACAUAAGCAAUAAAUGGCUUAGUAUUUAAGUUAACAGCCUUGUUUCAUUUUAACCUGAAAGGUUUUUAUGUGAUAAAUACAAUGUUGUACAAUAAAUGUAUUUUUUGUUA